AUUCCAUCUACACAAGUGGGGUAGGUGAUUAUAAUUGGAGAAACUAUGCAGAAACUCAGCGGAGAACUGCAAGCUCAAAAAGCCAUGUGAAAUUGCUCAAGGGACCCCACUCUGAGUCAUUAUAGGCAAUGAUUAUGAUGGGAGCAUUUUGGAGUGUGUCAUGUUGCGUCAUUAGCAGUGUAAGUAGGGUGUCACUCUGCACACUCUGAAUGUGUGUGUCAAAGACACAGCCGGUGCGAUGAAUAUGAACAUGGAGGAUAAUUGUGCUGGGUUGCAUUUUAUACGAUAGUUUGAGUUUUAAAGUGGAAGAACGUUUUUCAUUCUGUUGUUUUUUUUUUAAUCAUCACGGACAUGGAAGCAAAAGUGAAUUUUCUCAAAGGCCUAAGGAUCAUUAGAUAGCCUAUAUGAUACAUUAAUACUAAUUUGAUAAGUUUUACUAGGAGGCAUGUCUGUAAUUAAAACAGGCCAUACAGUUUAUUAUGGCUAAGCAUUUUAGAUGGACCACGUUCACACAGCAGCAGACUAUGGUUGUCAGUCCUGUAUUUGAGUCCUUUAAUACAGUUACAUUCACACACAGUUUGCUUAUUUAUGCAUUCUUUAACCAAACUCAGAAUAUUUCGAGACUCACAAAUGUAAGUAAAUGUGGUUGUCAAUCCCAAACACUGACAUUGCUAACGUAGCCAUUGGUAAUAUUCCCCGAUUACCAAUUUCAUAUUGGCCUGUGGGGAAUGAAAUUAGUAAAGUACAUGUGCUCAAUGACACAUUUAUUGAAACUUUGAUUUAAUUAGCUUGAGAAAGGUAUUAUGCAUAAUCAUGAAUAAGUUACAUUUUUGGAAUUUGCCAAUAUUCUUUUAUCAAAUCCAUCAGUGUAAUGUGGGCAAAUUAAACAGGACUAGAAACAUGUUCAGUGCAUAAUUUAACUUGUUUACUAUAUAUCAGUGUCUAAAAUGGCUCAUGGGCUCAAUGUCUGAUUUUGUCACCAAGCAAUGCAUAGACUGACGGUCUGUUGGAAACAGAGUUGGAGUGGAGCGAUGACAAUUUGCCCUCCUCACUCAAAGUGAUCUGUGAAACGUCCCAGUAUGUUUAUGGUAAAUAUCAGAAUGUCAGUUGCCCAAUCAAAUUGUAGCGCAAGAACUCUUAAUAAUCUGUAUAACCUCGUAUAUACAGCAUCUGACCAAGAGAGUUAGUGGGAAUAAUGCUGUGUGUGUGUGUGUGUGUGUUCGAGGGCUCAUGUGAAUGCUUCAGAGCUUUUUAAAUUAAUUCCAAAGCUCUUUAAUUUAACAGGAAUAUCAAUGAAAGGAGAAGAUAUGGCUGAUGAACAGCUGAACAAGGAAAAAACUGUGUCAUAACUGUGUUGUUGGAACAUGGCUUAAGGGCCAGGGCUGUUGUACCAAAAUCACAGGCAAAAAUAUCUGUUACUCUGACUUGCAUAUUGAGAUUCACAGUGUUUUGAAGGGAAUUGGAAUCGAGCAUAUAUGCACUUUCUCAGUGCUUUAGGUUUUAUAAAUAUUUUUCCAAUUCACUUUCAGCUCUGAGAUUAACAAAACAAUGUUACACACUUUGAUUUGAACAUAUAUUAUCAAGGAAUGGACCACAAUCCCAAGACGAUGUGAAUGACAUAAUCAAAUAAAGAACACAAAUAACAAUAUGCACUGUAAACUUGAAAAUCUCAAAGAUUUAAUGCCAUGAACAAGGCAAUCGAGUGAUUAUUUCAUCCUCAAAAGCACUUAUGUCUUGUAAGCCCCAUUAUCAUGUAAACACAAAAUUUUUGCUAGGCAGACUGAUAAAAAUGCUCUUACUCCCAGAAGUCAUACAAAGCCAGCCAAUCAAAUUAGACCUUGCCAGAUCAAGAAAAUGAUUUGCAGUUAUGUGCGCAAUAUGCAUCAGACAGUCAGUGAAUGGAUUUUAGGCAGUCUAUAGAAUGUGAGGUUUAAUGUUUGAAAAAGUGGUCUGGAGGGGGUACAAUUCAUGUGAACACCAGAACAAUUAGCAACUGUCCUAACUAAUGGAUGUUUAUGGAUUAUGUUGUAUAAUAAAAAAAUUGACCAUUUAUCGGUCAAAUUAACCUCUUAAUCAUCACAUAAAAAUUCAGCACACUGGUUUGCCACUUUACAUAUAUCUUUGUUAGUUAUGCAGACAAAUACAAUAUAUGAAUUAUCCAGCAUACAGUACAUGAGAACUCCUUCAGAACUGCUUAAAUCAGGUUGGUAUGACAUCUGCUAGUAAUCACAAACGUAACACUUCUCUGUCAAGAGAGCAAGCUAACAAUAGUUAAUUGUCAGAUUUUAAAAUGUGAGCAGGAAAGGGCCGUCCCCAACUCCUACAUGUAUACACUGAAUGGACCCUCUGUUUCUAGCGCAUUCCAAUGAAUAUACAACAGCUUGAAAGCAAUCUGGGAGACCACAUAUUAUCAUUCUCAAACCGUUUCAUGUCAACGGCAGUGCUAAAGUCAGCAGAAGGUCACCACUGUGUUUGCAACUAAGCUGAAGUCUUUCACCUUUGUGCCACUUCUAAAAAGACUGCCUGUUGAGAACAAGGUUUGGAAAAAGGUACUUCAGGCAAGGAAACCAAACAAGACUUCACAAGAGCCAGGGGACACUGAGAGAAGCAUGGCGGAAGAGGGUGUCUACAAAGCAGAGGUUGUUUACGUCCAAGACCCUGAAGAGGGCCAGCUUGAAGAAACGCUCAAGAACACCACUCAAAGUGAGAUUCUGUCAGCUGACAAUUUAACCCUUAAACCACUCACCAUGCUAGCUGGGCUUCACGCAGAAUCUGGUAGCAUAACCCCCGAGCCUAGCCCAGCCACCAUGGAAACCACUGAUAACAAACACCUUGGCAUUUCUCAGCUAAGCUUUCACAACACUUCACAGGCUGCUGAGGUCAGCUCAGGUCUGUUUUUAAAUAGCUCAGCUCAGAGAGAGGAGGCCCUUAGCCCUGCCAGCUCCAUGGAUUUUUUCACUUCCCCUGCUUCUUCUAAGGAGUCUAUUCUCUCCGAGGGCUGGGACAAGGAGAGGAGCUGGUCAGGGCUCCACAUGUUCUCACGGGAUGGUUCUCCUGGGCCCUUUAGUGGCACGGUUUCCCCAUGUUCUUCCAUAAGAUCCGGGGCCUUCACACCUUCUGUGGUAAGAAUCAAGAGACACUCCUUGGCUCCGGGCUCUAGUCUGCUGCAGAUGUCGUCUGCUUGCGAAACACCCUGCUGUGACAGUCGGGCAAACUCACCCUGUCCUCUUACGCCCCGUGCACGGCACAGACUCCCUCCAACCCAGCUCUCCCUGUUAACGGCCAUCCUCAGGAAAGGUCGUCUACCUGUCCUGUCCUCUGCUUUUCAAAGACCUUACAUACCCUGCUGGCCCAUCAGUCCAGUUAACGUGUCUUCCUGUUCAGCAUGCUCAGCUGCCUCUUCUGUUGCACCCAUGAACGUCUCUAAAGCAAAGUCUUGUACCUCCAUAGAUAGACCCCGUACUGAGUCUUGCCAAGUUUCAAAGACGCAACUAUGGAAACCAGACCAUAGUUCUCUUUCAGUGUCAUCAAUGGUCAAGACACCUGAUGAAAUCCCACUAAUGAAACCUCCAGAAAGACUUGACUCAUGUCAACAUUUCACUAGUACUAGUCACAUCGUCUCACCUACAAAACACAGCCCUUCACCAAGCUUACCUAGAGUCCAGCCUACCAAUUCUCACCUGUCGAAAUCAGGUCACAAAGGAAAUAGUUUACCGACAGUUCCUAGCUCUCUUUUGUGCAGCUCCCUAUCCCGGAUGAACUCCUCAUCUCCUAAAUCAAGCUCUCUGUCUUGCUCCAGCCCUGAGAACCAGAAAAAUCCAUCAGUGUCAGUGGAUAGCCUUGCAUCUAUAGAACCAAACAAACCUUUAGCAUCCUUAAUGCAGAACGAUGAAACAAAAUCCCAUGAUAGGUCUGAAAAAUAUUCACUGGCACUAAAACAGGGUCAGAAAUCAUCUGAGCUCACCAAUGCACCAUAUCUGAAAGAUAGAGGUAGUUCAUCUGACAAUUUAGACUCCUCUGUAUCAAAACCUGCACAAAAUUCAUGUAAAUCUUCUUCCUUUCCUACUCUGAAACACACAAUUGAAUCGCAUAGUAAUUCCAUAUCUCCUGUUUUAAGUCACAAGGAGAGUAAACAAAAUAUUGGUGGCAAUAGUGAUAUCGAAAGAGUGCACCUAUCAUCCCCAGCUUUUAGACUGUCUCCCUCUCCCAGACCCGUGGGUCUCACCUGCCUGUCCUACACACCUCCAGCCUCUCCUGCUUGUCCCCCAGUCCACCCAAACUCCCGCUCCUCCACCCCAGACCACUGCACCCUCUCGCCCUCCCCAGCGGUCCCAAGUCGUCAGCUCUCCCCCUCACCCUCAUACUCCUUCUGUUCAUCACCCUCUCCGUCCCUAUGGGGCAGCACACCAGACUGCGCAGAUGGGGACUGUAAAAAUAGAAAGACAUACAAGAUCAAAUCCACCUACAAGGCACUCGCUGCUAUCCCCACAAAUACUCUGCUCCUGGAACAGCAGGCUUUAGAUGAAGAGGUCAACAAGAAAGAGGCUUCAUUUAACCCCGCAGACAACUAUUCUUGGGAGGACCCACAUGCAGAGAUGUGCUCUCCUGCGCAGCUGCGUCAGCAGACCGCAGAACUGUACGCAACCAUUGAUGAAGUCCUCGAGGACUCGAUCCAAAGACAUCAAUCAGACCAUGUGAACAAAGCCAAUGUGAAGUCUUUGGCAGCGGAGGCAUCAAGGUCACAGACGUCAUCACCAUCUCCAAAACUAUUGGGACGGGAAACAAGAUAUGCAAGCUCUCCUUUUCAACCCUCUGUAACUACGGAAAAAACACUGACAAAGCCUGGAGUUAUUAGACCAGUUAUUGCAACAUCCAGAUUUACAGAUGAUGAAGAAUUCCACCCAAAUCCUUUCAAGAGCCAUCAAGGAAACAAAUCCAAUCGUUACCAAUACAAGUUUGUCAGCAGUGCGCUCUGCGAUGAAACCCAAGCAGAUGGUAGAGGAGCUUCAGACGGGCAGCCAGCGUGUGGAGAGGCACUUCCUUCAGAGCCACAAGGAGACUACAAGACAAGGCUGGCAUCUCUGAUCACACAGACCAGGAUCUCCAUGCAAGAUGUUCCCACCUCCAUGAAACCCCAGGAGACACACAUGUGAUGCUUACAAGAGAGCCUGGACUGAUCGUAACUGUGACUGCACAUUAAAAAGCCUAUUAAAGGCAGCACACGUCAAGCAUCUUCCUCAAUUGAAGAUGCACAAAGUAAUUUUAAUCGAAAUGAAUGAAUAGUAAAAUGAUGUUUGCUUACAAACUCAAGGUCAGGUUUCACCCCAAAAUCAAAAGUAAGAAGUAAUAAUAGCUCUAUACAACAGACUCAUUCAUUUUUUCCCUUUCUUUCUUAUUUUGCUGUGAAAUCUGACCAGUUGGUAACUGUUUUUAUACCAUUCACCCAAUAAGAGCAUAAGAACUGACGUAAUUAUUAGUGCACUUUUAUGUACAAUCAUCCAGUCAAAUAGUGAUUGCUCUGAAAUUGGCCCUACUGUCCACCAGUUGCGGCAUUUCACAAAACCAUAGGGUAUGGCAGUGGUGUAAAUCGGGGGUGGGGGGUAUGCACAUUACUAAGCACUGAAAUAUAA